GGUUCGAGUUUUCGUAACGGGAAAGGAAACGUCGUCUUCUCGAUUCGUAACGUCACCUUUUACAACGUAGUCUUGGUUAAUGUUACAAUUCUGAGACCGACAUGCUUGUACUAUGUUUAUGAAACCGCACGUGAAGUCAGAUAGAGGGGGUCACUGUGUAUUCACGAUAACUAACGUUAGCCUGUGGUUGAAGGUCCCAGCAGCAGAGAAGAGGAGGGGGACAAUGCAGCGCAUCCUAAACCUCGGGACACUGCGGCGUUUGGCAGCAGCGCGGCCGUCACUGGUGGCCCUCGCCGUCCCAGAACCACCAGCCGCCUUCUGUUGCUGUGUCCUCCGCCUGGCAACGCCAGCCCCCACAGGGCGGAGCCGGCUGUCAACCACAGCCUCCAGCAAUGUGGCCCAGCAGCCAAAACACCAGGAACCGCAGUCCGGCGCCGCACCUCCAACCCAGGAGGUCCAGAAAGAGGAUGCAGGGUUUGAUGCCUUGGAGGUGGACCCCCUGCAGGACAAGUCCAUCGGUUUGGUCCAGCGGUUUAAGAGGACCUUCAAACAGUAUGGGAAGGUGAUGAUCCCUGUACAUCUCCUGACGUCCUCGGUCUGGUUUGGAACCUUCUAUUAUGCUGCUAUGAAAGGCGUGAACGUAGUACCCUUCCUGGAGUUUAUAGGUAUGCCAGAGUCAUUCGUCAGCCUUUUGAGAAACUCUUCGAGUGGCUACGCUCUGACUGCGUACGCCAUGUACAAGAUUGCAACCCCUGCUAGAUAUACAGCGACCCUGGGCGGCACGUCACUAUCUGUCCAGUAUCUGCGCAAGCACGGCUACUUGUCCACCCCGCCGCCGGUCAAAGAAUACAUCCAGGACAGGAUGGAGGAGACAAAGGAGAGGUUUUCAGAGAGAAUGGAGGAAACUAAAGAACUCUUCUCCGAGAAAAUGGAAGAGACGAAGGACAAGCUCUCUGAGAAACUGCAGGGAACCAAAGACCGAGUCACAGAGGGGAAAGCGUAUUUUAGGAAGAAAAAGGAGUAGAGAAAUGUGGGGCCUCUGACUAAAUUACCUUAUUUUGAUCUCAACAAGUAAUCAGUGUGUUUGAGGCAAGUAAAAGACAGCACUUGUAAGGCUUUUCUGAAAGAAGAGCCGCUUUGUACUACCCUGGUCCUAAGAUGUCUCCUUGCACUUCUCAAUUGUCCACUGUUGUCAAUUUUGUGUUUCAAAUUCAGUUGGUAAUCGUGCACGUUGGUGGGACAAUUACUGAGUGUAGACUAGACGGCAGCUCGGCAGACUCCUGGCAAUGGGUUCAAAGAAGAUGUAUUCUUAUUCCUCUUCACGUAAACACGCCAGCUUCAAAGAGUUAAAAAGAAUAAUGGCAAACUACAUGGGGGAGAGCAGCACUAAUUCUGCUGCUUGUUGGGAAAAUAAAGCUUAAAGCUCAUAAUCACCUGUGUGAGCCUUUGUGAAAUGCUCGAUAUCAUUGCUUCUCUUUUCUAAUAUAAUGACCAGGAAAUACCUGUUUUAUAAUGUAUUUUUAUCCUAAAGCUCGAGCAAAUAUAUUUCAUUAUCUGUGUGUACAUGUAAGCGCACAGCACCAGUAGGCCACUGCGAACACCAACGUGUCUGGUGCCGGUGUUCUAAAUGCACCAAAUGCUUGUCACUAUUCAAGCAGCUGGCUGGUGAAAUCACGACUGAAUAAAGUGAAAUACUAAUCCUC